AUGCCGGGAAUCUACAGGGAAGCGCUCAAAGACACCCCCAAGGAGGUGCGCAACUGGCGCCUCUUCUAUGGCGUGUUCGUGUUCGGCCUGAUGGGCGCUGCCCGUGGUCUCGACGAGGGUCUUACCGGCACCACGGCCGAGCAGCACUCUUUCAUCAACAAGUUCGGUCUCGAGGAUCCGUCUCUCAGCGAAUCGGAACAGGCCAACCUUCUCUCGAAUAUCACCUCCAUGGUGCAAAUGGGUUCUAUCCUCGGUGCCAUCAUUGCUUUCUGGAUAACGGACAAGAUCGGUCGCCUGUGGGCAACGCGUGAACUCUGCCUGGUUUGGGUUACUGGUAUCGCUAUCUACCUUGCGGCUUCGGCCAAUGGCAACAUCGGCAUGGUCUAUGCUGGCCGCUUCAUUGCUGGCGUUGGCAUUGGUCAGACCACCGUCGUUGCUCCCACCUAUCUUGCAGAGAUUGCCCCGAGGGCGCUCCGAGGUCUCUGCGUGUGCAUGUUCGCCGGUAGCGUGUACCUUGGAAUCAUGCUGGGCUAUUUCGCUUCUUGGGGCUCGUCUCUUCACAUCUCCGAUGAUAGCCAGAACCAAUGGGUUGUUCCCAACAGCCUGCAUCUGAUGUUCGCCGGAAUCAUCUUCUGCCUCAGUUUCGGCUCGAUCGAAUCUCCCCGCUGGCUUAUCAAAGUCAACAGGCACGAGGAGGCUUCUGCAAACCUCGCACGCCUGCGCCAGCUUCCGGCGUCGCAUCCGUUUGUCCAGACUGAGAUCAUUGACAUCAAUGACCAGCUCAACCGCGAGGCCGAGGCCACUCAUGGCGCUUCCCGCUGGGGAGUCGUCAAGGAGCUCCUCUCUACGUCGGCCAACCGCUACCGUCUUAUGCUGUCUCUCUUCUCGCAGCUGCUGUCACAGUGGAGCGGAGCCAACUCCAUCACCAUCUAUGCUCCGGAGUACUUCAAGAUGAUGGGCACGACCGGCCAGUCUGAGAAGCUCUUCGCGACCGCCAUCUUUGGUGUGGUCAAGUUUGUCUCUGCUCUGCUCUGCGCCUUCUUCCUCAUCGACUUUAUCGGCCGCAAGCGCUCGCUCAGCUCCGGCAUCGCGCUGCAGUUCUUCUCCAUGCUGUACAUGGCCAUCUUCCUGGCCAUCGAUAAAGGCGUCGCGGACGAGGGUGCUCCGCAGAGCCCGUCACAGAAGCGCGCCGCCAUGGGCGCCAUCGUCAUGAUCUACUUUAGCGGUUUCGGCUGGGCGCUGGGCUGGAACAGCGUGCAGUACCUGAUCAACAGCGAGAUCUACCCGCUGCGCCUGCGCGCCAUCGGCGGCUCGAUCGCCAUGACGAUCCACUUUGUGAACCAGUGGGGCAACAGCAAGGCGGUGCCGAGCAUGUUCAUCGCGCUCGGCAACUCGGGCACCAUGUUCUUCUUCGCCGCCAUCACCUUCAUCGGCUUCAUCUGGGUGUGGUUCUUCCUACCCGAGACCAGCGGAAAGUCGCUCGAGAGCAUGGAUCGCAUGUUCGAGCUGCCCUGGUACCUCAUUGGUCGCAAGGGCAAGCAGAUCAGCGAUGCCGAGCCCAGCACCCUGGCCGAGGCGUACAACUCGGAGAAGGCUGGCGAGGAGAAGCGCAUCGAGAAUGUGCAGGAGGAGAGGGUUUGA